AUGUCAAAGAUACAAACAGAAGAUGGUAACGGAAAACAGCAGGCAAAGACCACCCCGAAGAGAAAGGCAUUCCGCCGGCAAAAGUCGUACGAGCUGAAUGUAUACUCAGAUAUUGUGGGUAUGGCCUUUAUGGAAAUUGUCUCGGUAUCUGACCUACCUUCUCCCAAAAAUAUGGCCAGAACUUCUUUUGAUAUGGAUCCAUUUGUAGUGGUAUCGUUCGGUAAGAAGACCUUCCGCACUCCCUAUAAAAGACAUACUUUGAACCCGGUUUACAACGAAAAGCUUCUGUUUCCCAUCCAGAGGAAUGAACGAGGAUAUUCAAUCAGGUUUAUUGUUUUCGAUAACGACAAGCUCACUUUGAACGACUUUGUUGCUGAUGUCGAGCUGCAUAUUAAGAAUUUACUUGGCAAUGUCCCGCAUCAGGAUCCUGAUACUGGGCUCUAUGAUGCCAUGUUGAAGAACUCAGUACUAUCAGAAGCUGAUGUGGGGACAUAUGUUCUUCCUCUAAAAAUGAAGAAAAUGGAAAAAUUCUCCGGUGCGGUAGCUCCAAGGCUAACUGUUCGCGCAAAAUUUGUUCCAUAUGCAGCACUCAGGCAGCAGCUUUGGAGAGGAUUGGCUAUUCAAUAUGAUGCGGAUGAUACUAAAACCAUCAGCAGCGUUGAGCUGAAUGCCAUGCUUGACUCUCUGGGUUCAACACUCUCUGCUCAAACGAGAGCAAACUUUUUUGAGCGAUUUGGUAAGAAUGUGGAAACCGACGAAUUGACUAUCGAUGAGAUUAUCAUGUGUCUCGAAGAUCAAAUUGUUAAGGAUGCCGAAGAUCAGAGGCGCCGAAUUGAGACCUCAGAUUCUGUCGACUCAGACACGAGCUCCAUAUCCUCUGUUGGAACAGAAUCUCCACCUGACAAAGAAUACACUGCUGCUGAUAUAAUAUACGGGGAUACCAAUAGCAAGCAGUCUAACGGAAACUCCAACUCAACGCUUGUUGAGCGUGUGAUCCGUCUUAGUGUUUGUCCUAUUUGUCGUCAACCAAGACUUAACAAAAGAUCAGAGAUAGAUCUUGUCAGUCAUGUUGCUACCUGCGCUAGUAUGAGUUGGGAUAAGUUGGAUGCUACUGUUCUGGACAGGUACAUCACGUCUAGUCAGGCACAGAGUCGUUGGUAUACGACAAUUGUGAAGAAACUGUCAUACGGAAACUAUAAGCUAGGAGCUAACUCGGCUAAUAUUCUUGUACAAGACAGAGUCACAGGAUUCAUUAUGGAAGAAAAGAUGAGCGUGUACGUACGGGUGGGAAUUAGACUCCUAUAUAAAGGACUCAGCAGCUCACGUAUGGAAACGAAGAGGAUCCGUAGUUUGCUGCGGUCUUUGAGUAUCAAGCAAGGAGUCAAGUUUGACAGUCCUUCGUCUGUUUCUAGUAUUGUUCCUUUUAUCAAGUUCCAUAAUCUUGACAUGUCAGAGUCACUGGAACCAGUCGAAAACUUCAAAACUUUUAAUGAAUUUUUCUAUAGGAAACUCAAGCCUGGUGUCAGGACACUGGAUUCUCCUAACAGUGACCAUGUUGCUGUAUCUCCUGCAGAUUGCCGGGCUACGGUGUUUCCAACAGUUUCAAAGGCUCAAGAGGUGUGGAUCAAAGGACGGCCGUUUAGCGUUUCCAGGUUACUUGGUGAUCAAUAUCCAGAGUAUGUUGACAGGUUCACUGAAGGAGCUCUUGCGAUCUUCAGAUUGGCACCUCAAGAUUAUCACCGUUUUCACUCUCCAGUGACUGGAAUACUAGGAGAGCCAAAGCUCAUUGCAGGUGAAUACUAUACAGUUAACCCUAUGGCCAUUCGAUCGGCCCUGGAUGUUUUUGGGGAGAAUGUUAGAGUACUGGUUCCAAUCCAGUCUGAAGAAUUCGGAAGUGUUAUGGUCAUAGCUGUAGGGGCAAUGAUGGUGGGAAGUACGGUUAUAACCGCCAAGCCAGGAGAGAAGAUUAACCGUAUGGAUGAAUUGGGUUACUUCCAAUUUGGAGGUAGCACUUUAGUCGUGUUAUUCGAACCAGGCGCCAUAGUUUUCGAUCGGGAUCUCGAGGAGAACUCAUUCCAACCACUGGAGACAUUGGUCACUGUAGGAAUGUCGGUUGGCCAUACCCCAUCUACAGAAGAAUGGGAGCGUGAUGAUUUGAAAUCACCUGAAGAUGCUUCACCUGAGCAAAAGGAAAGAGCAAAAAGAGUCAUUACUGGGUUAUCUGGUUAG